AUGUUGGAACGCAUAGCUAGUAACCUCUCCUCCGAGAGUCCACAGGAGGAAAGAAAGUCACAGGAAGACAAAGUCACAGGAAGACGAAGUCACAGGAAGACGAAGUCACAAGAAGACGAAAGUCACAGGAAGACGAAAGUCACAGGAAGACGAAAGUCACAGGAAGACGAAAGUCACAGGAAGACGAAAGUCACAGGAAGACGAAAGUCACAGGAAGACGAAGGUCACAGGAAGACGGAGGUCACAGGAAGACGAAAGUCACAGGAAGACGAAAGUCACAGGAAGAUGAAAGUCACAGGAAGACGAAAGUCACAGGAAGACGAAAGUCACAGGAAGACGAAAGUCACAGGAAGACGAAAGUCACAGGAAGACGAAAGUCACAGGAAGACGAAAGUCACAGAAAGACGAAGUCACAGGAAGACGAAGUCACUGGAAGACAAAGUCACAGGAAGACGAAAGCCAGUGGACGAGGUGAAGGAUUCCCCAGUUCUAAUGGUGGUAUCAAUAGGUAGAAGAAGAAAUAUAUGCUAUAGACGAAGUAUUGAUUGGAAAGUUCAGAGGGUUUACCGAUCGGAGUCCGUCCGAUGCGGCUUUAAUGGCGGCGAUGAUGAGAUAAAACCAGCGGGAGCUUCCGAAUUCCAUGAGGUUGGAGGAUACAAUUCAUUUAUGAAGAAUGUUGAUGUCGAUGAAGAUCAUAUGGUGAAAAUGGCAAAAACUGUGUGUUGUCGUGAUGAACACAUGGCUUGA